AAAAUUGACGUAAUUGUCAAGUUGUCUUCUUCGACUUGGCAAUUUCCACCUUGUAAGGGCGGCCAAAUAAUCACACGCUACUCAAGGGUAGAGUGGUAACAUAAAACCCCAAACAAACAAAAAAUACAUGGAAUUUAGUUGGGAUAUUAUUGCCUGUCUGAGCAUAGCGGUGCUAGUACACAUUAUAGUUUACGUGUUUGUGAUGGAAAAGCGAGCCAAGAGCAUCGAUGGACGCCAUGUCGUGGUCACCGGCGGCUCGAGCGGCAUUGGUGUCUGCCUGGCCAUAGAAUGCGUCACGAAGGGCGCCCAUGUUACGAUUAUAGCGCGUGACGAAAAAAGGCUGAAAGCCGCUGUGGACCGGAUGGAGCUUGUGCGCCAGCGACCGGAUCAAAAGCUGCAGUACCGCAGCCUGGACAUUGGCGGAGACUAUGAGGAGGUGGCUCGUGUGCUGGCCGAGACCGAGGAUACUGUUGGCCCCAUUUACGCGCUGCUCAAUUGCGCGGGCAUGGCCAUUUGUGGUGUCUUCGAGGAAGUUUCUGUACGGGAUGUCCACAAGCUGAUGAAUGUGAACUUCUUUGGCAGCUACAACUGCACCCGUCACGUCCUGCCCAAGAUGAAGAAGGCGAGGGAGGGCAUCAUUGUGAUUACCUCAUCGCAGGCCGCCAUGUUCGGCAUCUAUGGCUAUGGACCGUAUGCAGCCAGUAAAUAUGCACUGCGAGCGAUGGCGGAAACGAUAGCCAUGGAGUCGCGGGAGCACGGCGUCAGUGUCACCUUGGCCCUGCCCUGUGACACAAACACACCAGGAUUUGAGGAGGAGGAGAAGUCCAAGCCACGCGAAACAAAGAUCAUCUCGGGCGGUGGAGGUCUACUAAAGCCAGAGGACAUGGCCAAAGCCAUUCUCAAGGAUGCCUUGAAGGGCAACUUUAUCUCGACUGUGGGCGCUGAGAGCUGGCUGAUCACCACGCUAGGCGGUGGGCUGCUGCCCUGGGAUGGCUUCUUCACAAAUCUCCUGCACGCCUUGGUCAUCGGUCCAUUGCGCUUGUUCGGCUAUGGCCUGCACAAGUACUUCAAUAGCAUCAUACGCAAAUGCGCCAAAGAGGAUCGUGCCAAAAAAGAUGGAUCUGGGGAUAAAGUGGCAUCGAAAUGAUCGGAAUUCCUAUCAUGUCUCUAUAGCCCGUAUAUUUAAGCACUUAUUUUUGUAUUUCCCACAUUGCAUGCUGCAUGGUUGGCAAACUACUAUUCCAAAUAUCGCCUGACAACAGCCACUUUCGCAGUCAUGUAAUCUAAUUGUUCUAUAAAGUGUAUUUUCUAUGUAUUUCUAGUCUUGUAGGUGAUUAAACUGAUAAAUAUUACACACAUUUAAUACCUAUAAGGCAUUUCUCCUCAAGAACCAACAGUCAGCAUGGCUUGCCGGCUGUUCUUGAUUAGAUAAACCCCAUUUUGCCACUUGUAGACCCCCUACUCCAUCACACCCUCUGAUCCGACUCAACGAUAAGACACCAUUCAAAAUAGGUCAAAAUAUGCGCGCAUACAUAUUCGAGUUUAGUUUUUUUCUUUUGUCUCCCUUUAUUCAUAAGACGCACCCCAGUUUUACACUCUUCCUUUAGUUCCGUUUUUCAUUCUGCCUUUUAACAUUUUGUAUAUAGUUAACGCUAAACAAAAAUUAU